AUGGCCACUAUCCUUCAAGCACUUCUUUUAGCUUGCACUGCAUUCCGCGCCGUGUUUGCACAAUCCACUGCCUAUGAUGAGCUGUACCGCCCCCAGUAUCAUUUCACUCCUGCCAAAGACUGGAUGAACGAUCCAAAUGGUCUCUUGUAUCACGACGGGAUCUACCAUCUUUUUUUCCAAUACAACCUGGGCGGAGAGACAUGGGGUAACAUUUCCUGGGGCCAUGCUACCAGUCGAGAUUUAACUCACUGGGAGCAACAACCAGUCGCCCUACUUGCCCGCGGAUACCCGAACAACGUCACUGAGAUGUUUUUCUCUGGGUCUGCAGUGGUCGAUAAUGAUAAUACAAGUGGAUUUGGCAAAAAUGGCAAGACCCCUUUGGUUGCCAUGUAUACCUCAUACUAUCCUUACGAACAAGUUCUUCCCAGCGGAAAAACUGUCCAAGCAAACCAACAAGCCCAGUCCAUUGCUUACAGUCUGGAUGAUGGCAUGACCUGGACCACGCAUGAUGAGGCGAACCCAGUCAUUCUGGAUCCACCCGCCCCAUAUGAAGAUCAAUUUCUCAACUUUCGUGAUCCGAAUAUCUUUUGGCAUGCCCCAACGGAGAAUUGGAUUGCCGUCCUCUCUUUGGCAGAGUUACACAUGCUUGUAAUCUAUACAUCCAAGGACUUGAAGAACUGGUCGAUGGCUAGCGAGUUUGGGCCCGUGAACGCGGUCGGAGGCGCGUGGGAGUGUCCAAACCUCUUUCCCCUCCCUGUCGAUGGAAGUCAAAACCAUACGAAAUGGGUUGCUAUGAUCGGGGUUAAUCCUGGUGGACCCCCAGGAACUAUUGGCUCUGGGACACAGUACGUUAUUGGAGAUUUCAACGGAACUACCUUCAAUGCGGAUGCCGAUAAUGUAUAUUCUGGAGUCACUCCCCUGCCAAGCGACAGCAUCAUCUUCGCCAACUUUGAAGGCACUGGGAGCUUCGCGGAUUUGGGUUGGAAUGCCACGGGAGACUUGGUUGGCCAGUCACCAGCCCACGGUACCCUGCCGGGACAAAGCCCUGUGACUGGCUACUUGGGAAAACGCCUUGUCAAUACAUUCUUGAACGGGGAUGUCACAACAGGAACCCUCACCUCUACACCUUUCACGAUUUCUAUGAAUUACAUCAACUUUCUGAUCGGUGGAGGUGAUGACAUCAAUAAUACAGCCGUAUACCUCAAGGUCGACGGGAAAAUUGUGCGAUCUGCUACCGGUGCUAACAGCGAAACCUUACUCUGGCAGAGUUGGGAUGUCAGCGACUUGCUAAAUCAAACCGCCGCGAUCGAGAUUGUUGACACCGCAACUACAGGCUGGGGUCAUAUCAACGUGGAUGAAAUAUCCUUCUCGAACUCCAUAGCGCGAAGCCAAGUGGCUAACUGGGUAGACUUGGGCCCAGACUUUUACGCAGCCCAGGGUUACAAUGGCUUAUCUACACCCGAGCGUAUUGUCAUAGGGUGGAUGAACAAUUGGCAAUACGGUGGUCUGAUUCCAACCAGUCCUUGGCGCAGUGCCAUGUCGAUUCCUCGUCUAUUAUCUCUGAAGACCAUAGGCGAAAAGCCUGCUCUCGUCCAAGCUCCUGCAGAAAAUUGGGCCACCCUCAUCGACCAUAACUACCGUGAAAGGUCCUGGCUCUCAAUGAACGAAGGCACAGAGCCCUUGGGCCGCACUGGUAAAGCAAUGAAGAUUGAGCUGGAAUUCUCUGAUCGAUCACCAGCCGCAUCAGGGACUUCACAAUUUGGAAUAAUUGUACGGGCUACUGCGGAUCUUACACAACAGACGCGAGUCGGUUAUGACUUCGCAACCAAGGAAGUCUUUAUUGAUCGGUCCAAGUCUGGAAAUGUUUCUUUCGAGAGCACAUUUGCAAGCACCUAUAGUACCCCGCUAGCUUCUAAUGUCGAUGGAAAGAUCAAUAUGCUCCUUUAUGUGGACUGGUCUAGCAUUGAGCUCUUCGGGGGAGAUGGGGAAACUACAAUGACCACCCAAAUUUUCCCGAGCGAUAGUGCGACCUACUCUCAGAUCUUCUCAACUGGAGGAGACACUACAAAUGUCCGGCUUAGAAUUGCUCAGAUUUCCUCAACUUGGAACGGUUCGUGA